AUGCACCUUGCAUGUCGACAUGGAAGUCUUCAAAAUUCACUGAAGCUUGUGCGGCCACGCAAAUUGUGGCCUUGUCACCCUGUCCGAUCGUUCUCUACCUCGUCUUCGCUACAGCAGAAUGAUGUUUGGCAGGCUUCGGCACUGGGUACCUACACCCCGAAUUCGAGCCCCAAUCAUCAUGCACGGAAUAUAGCAAUAUUGGGUGGAGGUAUAUCAGGUCUUGCUACAGCCUUCAAUCUAACCAAGGACAUUCCCUCUGCGAAAAUCACAAUUUUUGAGCAGCAGGAGAAGCUGGGUGGAUGGGUUGACUCCGAGCAUAUCGACGUCGACGAUGGUACCGUUCUCUUUGAAUGGGGCCCAAGAUCGCUACGGUCAGAUCUGGGAGGUUCUGGUCGAGCAACUUUACAACUACUCAACCGGUUGAGUGGUGAGGAUUCUGUAGGAGAUGCUGCAAAAGCUAUCCGUGGAAUUCCAAACGACCAACCUUCUGCCACAAACCGUUACCUCUACUACCCAGACCAUCUAGUCUGCAUGCCCAAUCCUAAACGUGGCAUCUUCUCGAAUCUAUACACCUUACUUUCCGAGCCUAUAUUUUCUGGUGUCUUUUCAAAGUUAUUUGCCGAAACGUGGGUGGCCGAACGUUCCUCCAACACAAGAGAUGAGUCGGUGGGCUCUUUCAUUUCCAGAAGAUACGGAGCCCUAGUUGCGGACAAUCUGGUGUCGGCUUUGUACCAUGGCAUUUACGCUGGAGAUAUCUACAACCUCAGUGCUCGCACACUCAUGCCUAGGUUUUGGUAUCUUGAAAAGAGAGAUACUGCCGAUGGUCAUGGGAUCAACAUAGAGUUACUUGAGCUCAUCACUAAAUCGCGGAGCUUGCUUUCGUUCGACACUGUUCGGCUGAUGAACCGUAUGAUCAAGGACGACUCUGGCAACAAGGAAUCUUUUGCCUUCCUCCAACGACAGAUGUCCAAAACAAGCAUCUAUAGUUUCGUCAGGGGUCUUGGUCAGUUGAACGACUUCCUCCUGGACUACCUUAAAUCCAACACAAACGUUACUCUGAGGCCAAACACGAAAGUUGAGAAGCUCGAAUUCGACUCCUCGAACCGCAAGUUUUCGGUUUCGACAUCUAGCCAGCCAUCAAGCUCGAAAGAGUUUGACUACACCAUCUGCACUCUGUCUCCUGCUGUCCUAGCUCAAUUCUUGCAGCCUUCUGAAAAAGCCGAUACAACAAAAUCCGUGCCUAGCACUUCUCUCAUCAGUAGUCUCGAAAAUGGCUGUCCUAAGUCUGUCAAUGUCAUGGUAGUCAACCUGUACUACCAGAACCCUAAUCUUCCAAUCCCUCGAGGGUUUGGGUACCUCAUACCUCGAUCAGUCCCUGUCGAGCAGAACCCUGAACGCGCUCUCGGGGUCAUCUUUGCUUCCGAAACAACAGGACCUCGCGGUCCAAAAGAUGCUUUUGUAGAAAUUGUCGACCUGCCUAAGCAACAGAAGGAAGGCGAGGAGGAUCCCGAGCUCGAUCCAGAUUCACUUCGCAGAUUGAUGGAACAAGGCACGAAGCAGCGCAUUCAAGUUGGACAAGAUACUGCGAGCGGCACAAAACUUGCCGUCAUGAUUGGUGGCCAUUGGUGGAGCGGCUGGAAAGAAGAGGAUCUGCCAGACGAACAGACUGCCAUCGAAAUGGCAAAGUCAGUCAUCCAGCGUCACCUCAAAGUUACCGAAGAGCCCAUGUUGGCCAAAGCACGGCUGCAACGAGAGGCAAUUCCGCAGUAUCAAGUCGGCUAUCGGGAUGCUAUGGCGCGAAUCCACCAGAAUCUAGUCAAAGAUUAUGAAGGAAGGAUUAAGGUACUGGGACCCUGGUGGCAGGGUGGUGUCGGUGUGAACGAUUGUGUCAAGAGCGCAAGGGAAACAAGUCGACGGAUCAGAGAGGCAUGGGACGACCAGACUGGGUUGGAGGACUAUGUGGGUGAAGAAAAGUGGGUGCUCGUGGAUCGCAGGACGAAUGUCCAGGUUCUGGAUCCUUUGCAGGUGAGGUGA